GUUCCCUGGCAGCGAUGGAGGACGGCGAGGAGGGCCCAGUGGGGGAGAAGAGCCCCUUGGAGGGGGAGGGGGCCACCUCAGACCAUGAGGGCUCUGCCGAAUGCGACACCUCCAGCCCCCCCGGCAGCGAAGAGUCCAGAGACGGCUCAGAGAGUCCAAAGGAGCUGGAGAAGCCGGAUCCCGGAGAAAUCUCACAGGAGCUGGAUGCCUGGAAUGGGCCAGAUGAGCUGGAUUUGGCUGUGCAGGACGGGGAGAGAUGCGUGAGGACCCGACGGAGCCUCCCCGAGGGCUUCUCCUGGGGACCCUUCCCUGGCAGCAUCCACAGCGAACCAGUAUCGCCCGGACACAGCGAGACAAGCCCACCCGUGACGCUGAUGCUGGGGGAUGAGAGCUGCUGGCUGUCCCAUCUGCCCCUCGUCCCCACCGAGAGCGACGCCAACGCCAUCAUCUACAGGAAGGACGAAGGCCUGUGGUGCCAGACGAGGCGGGCGCUGCGGGAGGAUGAGACCGUGCGUGCCAUCGUGGUGGCGGAGCCGCCGGCCGAGCACCAGGCCACGGUGAAAGCGGAGCCCGGCGAGAUGCCGUACCCGGCCGCACUGCGCUCCGACAUCCAGCUGCUGCCCCAGCAAGCCGGCAUGGCCGCCAUCCUGGCCACUGCCGUGGUCAACAAGGACGUCUUCCCGUGCAAGGACUGCGGGAUUUGGUACCGGAGCGAGCGCAACCUGCAAGCCCACCUGAUGUACUACUGCGCCAGCCGGCAGAGCGCCGGCUCGCCCGCCCUGGAGGAGAAGCCCAAGGAGCCCUACCCCAACGAGCGCAUCUGCCCCUUCCCACAGUGCAAGAAGAGCUGUCCCAGUGCCAGCUCCCUCGAGAUCCACAUGCGGAGCCAUAGCGGAGAGCGGCCGUUCGUCUGCCUGAUCUGCCUGUCCGCCUUCACCACGAAAGCCAACUGCGAGCGUCACCUGAAGGUGCACACGGACACCCUGAACGGUGUCUGCCACAGCUGCGGCUUCAUCUCCAUGACAAGGGACAUCCUCUACAGCCACCUUGUCACCAACCACAUGAUCUGCCAGCCGGGCUCCAAAGGAGAGGUUUACUCGCCCGGGUCAGCCCUCCCGGCCACCAAACCCCUCGCCCCCG